UGGAACUUCCAGCCUUUCUCUCGAUGAGUGGUUGGAAGAAGUACAAGCCUGCAGUAGGGCCAGACAUUUGUCUCGGUCAGAACAGGCUUUUUUUAUGUUUGAUCACCUGGAAGGGGAAGCGCUUGCAGAGAUCAAGUUCCGGCCCAGUGCAGAAAGAUCUGACCCAGUGAAAAUAAUCUCUGUGUUGCAAGAACUGUAUGGAUGCUCACAGUCUUAUGUUUCGUUACAGGAGGCCUUUUUCUCAAGAAAACAGCAGGAUGGGGAGAGUUUGUUGGAGUUUUCUUUGGCACUGAUGAGUCUGAUGGAGAGGGUGAAACAGCAGUCACCGUAUCUGAUGACCAAUGCAGAAUCACUGUUGAGGGAUCAGUUCGCCGAACACGUGUUGGACAGCUCGUUGCGCCGUGAGUUGAAAAAAAUGGGUUAGGGGCCUAUCUAGAGUCUACCUUGUUGGAAGUUAGGAGGGAGGCCAUGAGGUGGGAACAGGAAGGCCUGCAGGGUGGCACUAGAGGCCGGAGUAGCUCCGCGCCUUCAAUAAUAGGUAUGCAGUAUGGAGUGCAGGGUGGCUCCCAGCAGAUGGCACAUGCUCACCCCACUUCUGAACUUUGCCAGUUAAAAGAUCUAAUUAGAACACAACAAGAGCAGCUAAACGAACUCUCAAAGAAUGUCAGCCUUUUGC